CUUCUUGUAGGGGCCCUAUUGCAUCCCACGAUAUGCAAAAAGCUUUAGAACGAGCUUUGGAUCGUGCGGAGUAUGUCAUUGAAAGUGCCCGACAGAGACCUCCUCCACGGAAAGACUCCUCUAGUGGGGGAAGAUCUCUCCAUGAAAAACUGUAUGACAUAUAUGUUGAAGAAUGUGGAAAAGAGCCCGAGGUUACAGAGGAAUUAAUAAGCAAUGUGAACUUGUUAGAGAAGCUUCUGAUGAGGGAGUCAUUGUCGUGUUUAGUGGUCAACCUGUACCCAGGAAAGGAGGGCUAUUCGCUGAUGCUCAAGGGAAUAGAUGGCUCUUAUUCAGAGACCAUUCGCUUGCCUUACGAAGAAGGGGAACUGCUUGAAUACUUGGAUGCAGAAGAAUUACCUCCUGUUUUGUUGGAUCUCCUGGAAAAAUGUCCGGUUAACAUGUUUCACAGUGGGUGUGUCAUAGCAGAAAUACGGGACUAUAGGCAGUCCAGUAAUACGGAAGGCCCGGGUUACCAAAGCAGGUAUAUUCUCUUACGUCCCACGAUGCAGACGUUAGCCUGCGACGUACACUCCAUUACCAGCGAUAACCAGAAAUGGACCCAGGAAGACAAACUUUUGCUUGAGAGCCAGCUGAUCUUGGCGACAGCUGAACCACUGUGUCUUGAGCCUUCUGUAUCGGUAGCCUGCAUUGCAAACAGGCUGCUGUAUAACAAGCAAAAGAUGAACACUUACCCAAUGAGAAGGAGCUUGAAGCGGUAUUCUGCAGCCUCCCUGAGUCGGCAGCAGGAGCUGCCUCCUCACCCAUCACCUCCUGAGCUAAGAGUAUCGACCUCUUGCAAAGAAAGCAAAGAAAGUGAAGCAAGUCAGCAGUAUGACCUCAAGAUAUCCAAAGCAGAAAACUGUGCAAAUACGUGGAAACAGCAACCCUGUGACUUGGAGGUCCCUUCUGAAGCGGAGGUGGAGAAACAUGCUAAAGGGGGGAGGUCUGUCAAAUAUGAUGACUCACAACCGACAGUCUGGCCAGCCCAGGAGGUCAAAGAUGGUUCUGUGUUUGGAUGUGCUGCUGGCGAUCAGUCCCAGACAACAAAGCUGACCUUCGUGCAGCCGCUUAAAGAUCCACCUAUCUCUGGGAAAAGAUCAAGUGAUGAAAAAGUCAGAUAUGAGGGACAGACACCUUCGUGCCAGUCUUCCCCAGAUGACCAUUCAAAUAGUUCCAUGCCUGGGUCAAAACCUGAUGCUGGGAGGGUAGUCGGUGGGUCCAAGGAAUUAGUCCAGAAGAAGACCAAACAUCCAGUCAAGAUGUCAUGCAGCUACAGGGGCUCAGCCAGUCUCAGAAAACUUUAUCCAAAGAAAGAAGUAGGACAGCCUGAGGCCACAUCAGUUCAGUCUUCAGUACUGGGGAAGGGAGUCAAACACACACCUCCAGCCAUCACACUUCCCUCAAGCAAAAGAAAGAGUUCCUUAGGUAACAGAGUCACUCCACGACAGGUAAGAAGAAUCUUUCCUAAACCUCCAUUUCCUGCUCCUGCGUCUAAGGCACCAGGUGUUGCCCAGAAAUCCUCUUUGGAAGUGAACCGAGUCAGCACACUCCCUGCAGCCACCCCGUUCCCUGCCAGCUCAUCACUAAGAACCCCGGUCACUCAGGUCAAUGCCAGCUCUGCUGGCCUCAAUGUCACCAAAGUGGUGAACCCUGUUGAUGGAACCCAGACUGUGGUAAGAUGUUCCAACCCAGUGCAGCGCUCUACCAUUGGGGCCAGGGAUCCUUCAGGAAUGAACGCCAGCAGGCUGUCCUCAGGAGGCCAGCCACCAAAUGCACAGUCCGCUGCACCACAGGCUCCUUCUCCAACAGGUGCACAGUAUAUUUUAAAACCCGCUUCAGAUCUCAGGCCCUUAAGUCUACUCCAGGUCCCACCAGGUUCAGUCACUUUGAACACCCAGCAGCAGGCCCAGCAGCCACAGCAGCUUCAGCAGCAAUGGGUCUAUAAGUUGAUUCCACAACAACAACCUCAACAACCUACAACUUUGCAUCUUCAACAGCCAGUGGUGUUACGGGGUUCAAGUGCCCAAGUUUCAACCAGUCAAGUAACAGCCUUACCUGGUCAGCAAGCUGUUUUCAUUAACCUCAGUGGAGUGGAAUGUUUUCUGCAGCCCCAGGCCACUGUGUUGUCUCAGCAUGGUUCUGCUCAGACAGAACCCAGGCAAAACCUUCCUCAGCAGAAGGUCCUGCUCUCCUCUGCCUUCCAGCAGCAGCUGCAGCCCCAGCAGGUGCAGUGGAGAAUCGUGCAGCACCCAGGGCCUGUGGCAACGGCAGCAGCCCAAACAGCUCAGCCACAGCGGGGCCGGAGCCGGUGGAGACCAAUCCAGUCAAAAGAUAAAAUGAACAGUCGACCGUCCACCACUCCCAAAUCCUGA